ACUGCUUGAAGGUCAACAGGUCCACCGGGAAGGAGGAAAUGGUGAGUGUAGCGAACCCUGAGCCCAAGAUCUCCUCCCCACAUAGCAAAAUCCAGUGGGGCUUGAAAGGAAGAGGCUGCAGUGAAAGGUCUGCAGGAACCUCAGGAAAGAGAGGCAGUGGGAAAUGGGUUCUGAAUGCAGGCUAGAUCCACUGGCUCCAGUGAGCCAGAAUGGCAGCAAGAAGAAAGUCGCCCUCAAGAGCCCUCUGGGAACUGGUCCAAUCCUCUUCUAAGGCCAGCCAGAUGGGUGGGGUAUAAAUAAUAAAUUGUUAUUAUUAUUUUUAUUAUUAUUAUUACCCCCUGCAAGGGCCGGAUUGAGGUUUGAUGAGGCCCUCAGCUACUGAAGGUAAUGGGACCCUUUCUAUGUCCAGCUGUCCUUUGUCAACAACAAAUUGCUGCAGUUUUUUGUGUUGAAUAGAUGCUAUAUGGUAAUUUAUGAAUUUGCACAUCACAAAAUAUGUAUUUAAUCAAAGUAAUUGUUGAACUGAAAUAUAAUUAAGAAGAAGUAUAUUAAUAGUGAAAUACAUUUUCUUUUCCUUUAAUUUUUUGGGGGGGCCCAAAGAGAGCUAUAGCUUGUUUAGCUUAUAUGUAAAUCCAGCACUGUGGCCCCUGCCUCUUGUGGGAAGGGGUUCCGUAGCUCCAGGCUGCACUGUGUGAAGGAGGACUUUCGUCUCCCUGUCCUGAAUCACUUUGUCGGAUGCCCUCGAGUUCGAGAGAAGGAAAGCUUUCCCGGCAGGUCCACUUUCUUCCCGCUCUGCAUCCCUUCAUAAAUUUCUAUUGCCCACCCCCCGGCCUUCCCCGCAUUUUCCUUAAACCAAAAAGCCCGUCUUCAUGGGGGAAGGCCGUCCCCACCGAGAUGCCUUGAUGGCCCUGUUGAGUUGGGGGGGGGGAUUGAUUUUUUAAAAUAAUAUAUUUAUUAGGUUUUCCAUUUUAUAAUAUUAAAUACAUCUUUAUGGAACUCUUUCCUUAUUUGCUCACGCAAGCUGUCGACUUCCCUCCAUCCUGCCUCAGGGUUUUUUAUAAUUCCAGUUUUACCUCAUAGCAUUUGUACCUUUUCCAAUUUACGUUGGGGUCCUUCAUUUUAUCACGUAUUUUAAAUCAGUGUGGGCCAAACUCGGCCCUCCAGCUGUUUUGGGACCCCUCCAGCCAUAAGCAUUCAACAGAUAAAAAGCAAAUAAAGUACCUGCAGACAGCUUUCAAGCCACAUAAAAACAGCUUUUUGACUUUUUAAAGUAUUGUUAGCAUCUGGAGAAGAUACUUAACUACCGAAGCAGGGCCUUUUAAUGUGACCAGCAUAUUAUCUCUAUUGGCUCCUAAAGUGUCACAGCUACAAAAUUACAGCUUCCACGUCAUACUUUUUUAAAUACCCAAAUCGGGCAGAAAGCCAUCUAAUUCAGAUUUUAAUCCUAUCCUGAUUUGUUUUGAAGAGGUGAUUUAAUUAUUGUUUGAUUUUAUAUCAAUGUUUAUAUUUGAAGUUAGCCAUCCUGAGCCCGGUCUCGGCUGGGAUACAAAUAAAAAUUAUUUAUUAUCAUCAUCAUCAUUAUUAUCCCUAGCUAACAGGACAGGUGGUCAGGGAUGAUGGGAGUUGUAGUCCCCAAAAAUGGGGAGGGCCGAGUUGGGUCAUCCCUGUUCUAAAUAAAUGUAAAGAGGUAAUAAUUAUUGAGGGGGGGGGUUGAGCCCUGGUCCCCUCCCCGCUUCCCAGCCAGGAUACAAAUAAAAGUUUAUUAUUCUUAUUAUUCUUAUUAUCCGUAGCUAACAGAACCAGUGGUCAGGGAUGAUGGGAAUUAUAGUCCCUAAACAUGGAGAGGGCCAAGUUUGGCCUUCCCUGUUUUAAACAAAUGUAAAAAGGUAAUAAUUGUAAAAAAGGUAAAAAACCGUGCCUCCCCCCUCCGCUUCCCGGCUGGGAUACAAAAAAAUGUUUAUUGUUGUUGUUUAUUAUCCCCAGCUAACAGGACCAGUGGUCAGGGAUGAUGGGAGUCGUUGAUGAUGACGAUGAUGAUGAUUAUCAUAAUUCUUAUUGUUAUCCCCAGCUAGCAAGACCAGUGGUCAGGGAUGAUAGGAUUGUAGUCCCCAAACAUGGAGAGGGCCGAGUUGGGACAUCCCUGUUAUAAAUAAAUGUUAAAAAGGUAAUAAUUAUUGGGGGGGGGGGGUUGAGCCCUGGUCCUCACCACCGGUUUCCCGCCUCCCCCCUCCGCUUCCCGGCUGGGAUACAAAUAAAAGUUUAUUAUUAUUAUUAUUAUUAUCCCUAGCGAACAAGACCAGUGGUCAGGGAUGAUGAGAGUUGUAGUCCUAAAACAGCUGGAGGGCCAUCCCUGUUCUAAAUAAAUGUAAAAAGGUAAGAAUUAUUGGGAGGGGGUUGAGCCCCAGUCCCCCCCUCUGCUUCCCAGCCAGGAUACAAAUAAAAGUUUAUUAUUCUUAUUAUACUAUUAUCCAGGAUACAAAUUACAUUUGUGUUGGUUUAUUAUUAUUAUUAUUAUUAUUAUUAUUAUUGUUAUCCCUAGCUAACAGGACAGGUGGUCAGGGAUGAGGGGAGUUGUAAUCCCCAGACAGGCCUUCCUUGUUCUAAAUAAAUGUAAAAAGGUAAUAAUUAUUGGGAGGGGGUUGAGCCCCGGUGCGCCCCCCCCCUCGGCUUCCCAGCCAGGAUACAAAUAAAAGCUUCUUAUUCUUAUUCUUAUUAUAUUAUUAUCCAGGAUACAAAUUACAUUUGUGUUGGUUUAUUAUUAUUAUUAUUAUUAUUAAAUAAAAUUUGUGUUGGUUUAUUAUUAUUAUUGUUGUUGUUGUUGUUGUUAUCCCUAGCUAACAGGACAGGUGGUCAGGGAUGAGGGGAGUUACAAAUAAAAGUUUCUUAUUCUUAUUAUAUUAUUAUCCAGGAUACAAAUUACAUUUGUGUUGGUUUAUUAUUACUAUUAUUAUUGUUAUCCCUAGCUAACAGGACGGGUGGUCAGGGAUGAGGGGAGUUGUAGUCCCCCAACAGGCCUUCCCUGUUCUAAAUAAAUGUAAAGAGGUCAUAAUUGUGUGGGGGGGGCUUGAGCCCCGGUGUGCCCCCCCCCGGCUUCCCGCCGCCCCGUCAGCUUCCCCAGAGACUCCUUGCUGCCCCCCCCGGCUCGGGCCCGUCUCCUCAGGACCCCCUCCCCCCCCGUCUCCCCCCCCCACUCACCGGCUCCCUCCUCUCUCCGCCGCGCCGGCCUCCGCCCUGCCAGCAAGGCCCCCGCCCGGGCUGCCCGCUCGCCGCCGCCCGCCCCGCCCCACCCGCGACUCCCGCCACUUCCCGCGGCAGGCGCCGCGCGGGGCAGCUCCCCGCCAGAAGGCCCCUGGGGCCCGCGCAGGCGCACCCGGGGCCGGCGAAGCCGAGGGGGCGGGGCCGCGGCGCCUUCCGCCCGGCGAGGGGCGGGGCCGGGCUGCUCCCCGGCCGCGUGGGCGGGAGGAGGAAGAAGAGGGACUCGAUCCUUUGGGCUCCCGGGAAGGAGGGAUCCAGCGCCAGGGUAAGGGCUCCGUCCGCGACCAGCCUCGCCUCGAAUCGGGACCAGCUCUCUUGCAUAGCUGUCAAGGGAAAUUCCCUUCUUCCCUUAUUACAGUAUUCCCUUAUUAUUAUUCCGAAUAGGAUUCCUCGUGAGAAAAGGGAAACGGUGACAGCUCUGCUCUCUUGGUCCCGGUCCCGAUCGGCGCCCCCUUCCCCGCCCCGCCCGGGACAAGCCCACCAAGAUCCCCCUUCUGCCCCCACCCCAAAGCUUCCGGGGAUCCUGUCACCGUAAUUGAUCACUGUAAACUCUUUAGGAUUUGCGGGUGUUUAAUUUUACUGUUUACUAUUGGAUUCCAAUGGAUUGUUGAAUACUGCUUCAUUUGAUAAUAAUAAUUUAUUAUUUAAGCCGCCCAGAGUGGCUGGGCUGGGUGAGGUAUAAAUACAGUGGUACCUCGGGUUACAGACGCUUCAGCUUACAGACUCCGCUAACCCAGAAAUAGUACCUCGGGUUAAGAACUUUGCUUCAGGAUGGGAACAGAAAUCGCGCAGCAGCAGGAAGCCUCCCAGAGUGGCUUGGGAAACCCAGCCAGAUGGGCGGGGUACAAAUAAUAUAUUCUUAUUCUUAUUAUUAUUAUUAGCUAAAGUGGUGCUUCAGGUUAAGAACAGUUUCAGGUUAAGAACGGACCUCCGGAACAAAUUAAGUACUUAACCCGAGGUACCAUGGUGAUGAUCCUGGGCGGUGGGGGGUCUGCAUGGCGGCUUUGCCCACCCCCGGCGGGAGAGAGCAGAGUCCGUCCCGUCCCCUCUGGGCCGCUCUCCACCCUGCUUCCCAGGCCAAACCAGAGAGUCGGCUCUGCCUCAUUCCGGGUUGGCCAAUGAUUCAUAAAGGAGGAACUCAUUCAUGAAAUCCCCCGCACACACACAUGUGCGCGCAGCUGUCGGAAGGCGGCCCAGAGCUCGAGAGAAACGAAAGUGCCCCCGUGCAAAAGUUUAAAAGGCUCAAGGAGAUAGGAUAAUAAUAUAUUAAGGAUGGAAUAACAAAUAAAGUGAAUAACGCAACAAUAACAAAAAUAAUAGCAGGUACACGGGUGGAGGGAAGUACUGAGUUGUGGGGGAGGGAGGUGAAGGGAUUAAUUGAAAUUGUUAAAGAUGCGUAUAGGAUCUUUAGGAUGCGUAUAGGAUUUAAGAGAUUUAAAUUUUUAAAAGAUUCGAUAAGGAAAGCAGAAAGCAGCAAGAAACAUCAAGUAAAGGUAUCAGAGAGGAGAUCAGUGUAAAGGAAAACAUGAGACUUCUGGUUUGGUACAUAUGAUUUUAUUUUGGAGUUGUCUGUUGUAAAGAAUGUAUAUUAUGUGAAUAAAAUAAGAAAGGAUUUGGAAAAAGGAAAAAAGAAAGUGCCCCUGUGAACGAGAAGAGCCAAAGGGCAGGAGGGCGUGAGUGACGUCACACCGGCAUAACAUCACGGCGUGACCUCACACCCCACCCGUGGGACCUGUCAUCCUGUCAAGGGAGCAGCUCCACCCUGACUGGGAGCAGGGGCAGGGGAGGAACUGCCCGUCUGCCCGCCCGUCCCUUGCCAGCGCCUCUUCUCCUCCUUCUUUUCUUCCAGGAGCUCCAUGCCCAGGAAGAAAGAGGUGCAGGCGCUGCAGAGGCUCUGCCUGGAGAAUGUGGCCGGGAACAUGAGCUGCCUCUGGCUCAAGGAUUACGCCGACAAAUACCUGGACGAAUACCACUUCCGCUACAUCAUGGGGCCCUUCAGCGAGCUGGGUGAGUGGGUGCGGAAGGGGGCAGCGCCCAGGAGCCCCCAGCGGGCAGCAGGACCGGCUAAAGUCUUGCCUCCCAUAUUGGCAGCCGGCCGGCAGUCUUGGGUUUAGAAGCCGCCCAGAGUGGCUGGGGAAACCCAGCCAGGUGGGCGGGCUAUAAGUAAUAAAUUACAGUCAUACCUCAGGUUACAGACGCUUCAGGUUGCGUUUUUUCGGGUUGCGGACCACCAAAACCUGGAAGGAGUGGAACGGGUUAAUUCCGGGUUUCAGCAGUCGUGCAUGCGCAGAAGCGCUAAAUCGCACUUUGUGCAUGUGCAGAAGCCCCGAAUUGCAACCCGCGUGUGUGCAAAUGUGCUGCUGCAGGUUGCGAACGCUGUGAGUCGCGAACGUGCAUCCCGCAUGGAUCACGUUCGCAACCCGAGCGUUGUGAGCACACAGUGGGGUGAGGGAGAAGCGCACUCCAGAUCCUUGGCUCUUGGCACCAUCGCAGAUUAACAUCCUGGGUCUCCCCUCCCCCUUUCCCAGCUGGCUCGGUCGUCCAGGAGCUGCUCCAGCUGAUGGGGCAGAGCGGGCGUCUCACCCGCCCCAUGCUGCACCUGCUCCUGGUGCCGCACCUGACGCAGCUGAGCCUCAGCACCUGCCCAAAGCUGGUCACCAAGGCCAUCGCAGACAUCAUCACCGUGCGCUGCAAGGUAAGGGGGGGUGCAGGGGGCGCUGUGCCAGGACGGAGAUCCCUCGGGGAGGCACGUCUUCUGAGACGCUGCUUCCUCUCCCUGGCCUCCUGCCAUGUGGCUUCGCUCAGGCGCUUGAUGUGCUCGGAUCGGGGCCAUGGGAUGCCCUCCCAUGCGAUGUCAAGGAGGCAGAGAACUUUUAGGAGACAUCUGAAGGCAGCCCUGUAUAGGGAAGCUUUUAAUGUUGGAUAAUUUAUUAUGUUUUUACUCUGUUGGCAGCUGCCCAGAGUGGCUGGGUAGUAGUAGUAAUAAUAAUAAUAAUAAUAAUAAUAAUAAUAAUACCGUAUUGGACUGAAUAUAAGCCUCACUUUUUUUCCAAAUUCCAACCAUGAAAGGUUAGUGCGGCUUAAAUUCGAGACCUUACAAAAAUAGGCUUUGAAACAGACAUACGGUAAAACAAAACAGGUGUGAGUUCCUGCGGAAUUUUAAGGGAGCGUCUCAUUUUUGAGUAUUGUCUUUUCUUCUUUUCCCCCCUUGAACUUUAAAGGUGCAGCUUAUAUUCGGGUGUGGCAUGUAUUCAGGCCAACACGGUAACAAUAAUUAAUUUGCUCUGCUGGCAGCAUGGCCACGUAAUCAUGGUGUCCCAGGAUCCUUAAAAAAUAUAUUUUUAUGCUUUUCAGGUGUAUACAUUUCACUAAUUUUACAAUCAUUUUAGCAUUUCAAAACUUGACUUCUUUCCCCCUCUUUCUGCGGUUCCUUAACUUUAUUUUUAAUAUCUUCUCCUUAUCUAAAUUAACUUAAUUUGCUCAUUUAUUCAUCUACUUUACAUAUAUACUCUUAUCAAACUGCAGGUUAUUACAAUAAUCCUGCCAACCUUCUUAUCUGUUUACAAUUUAUCUGUAAAUGCUCAAUAAAGCAUUUCCAUUCUUUUCUAAAAAGUAUAUUGAUUUCUUAUUCUUCCGGUAAGUUUUGCCAUUUCUGCGUAUCCCAUAGGUUUUUGUAUCCGUUCUUCCUUUGCUGGGACUUCUGCUUCUUUCCAUUUUGGGGCGAGUAACGUUCUUGCUGCUGUGGUAGCAUACAGGAAUAAGCUUCUAUAUCGUUUCGGUAGUUCUGUCCCUAUAAUUCCUGGGGUCCCUUUGCCCUCUGUCCGACUCUCAUUCUCGCUCCUUUUCCCGAGGCAGAACCUGUCCUCCCUGGAUCUCCGCGGCUGCAGCCGGAUCCCUGCCGACUCCCUCGUUGACCUGGCGGAAAUCCUGCCCGGCCUCACGAAGCUGAACCUCUCAGGGACGCAGUGCAACACAGCCGUCCUCUCGGCUGUGGGCUCCUCCUGCCGCCGGCUGCGCGAACUGGACGUCUCUGCCUGCGCCCGGCUGUCCGGGGCCUCCCUCCUGUACCUGGCCUAUGACCCCAUCGCGGGCGCCUUCUGCUGCCCGGCCUUGCAAGCGCUGGCAGCGUCGGACCUCGAACCCAGCGCCUCCAGCCAGGACCUCCUCUGGUCCCUGGUGUUCCUGCUGCUGGCCCUGCCCAGCCUGAAGUCCCUGGCCAGCAGCCUCGUCCCGGACGCCGUGUGCUUGGUCCACCACCAGGAGUUUGGCGGGGCCCAGAUCCCCCCGGAGUUUCCGUCCCUGGAGGAGCUGGCGCGGCGGCACAGGGCACCUUCCUUCACAGGCGAGGGGAGUGCCAAGCUCACGCUGCCCCUCCGGGAGAUGCUGGAGGUGAGCGAGGACUCCUUGCCUGCCAUCUGCGCCGCGUGCCCCCAUGUGGCGAGGGCCACGGUGAUCCUCGAAGACGGCCCUGCCAAGGGCAAAAGCCCCCUGUUGUCCUGGCACCGCCUUGCCCACCUGACGCUGAGCUGCCAGGGGAACAGGCACCUGGGGGAGCUGCUGCCCCUGGCCACCGCCCAGGGCAGCCAGCUCCAGACCCUCUCGCUGGGGGGCUUCUCCCUCGAAGACCCUCUCUCCUUCCCCACCCUGCUGAGCCGCUGCCCAAACCUCCGGGAGCUCAGCGCCUCCUUCUGCGCCCCACAGCUGCCCGGCUGGCACUGGGAACCGCUUGCAAACGGAGACGGAGGCUUGGAUGUCAGCCUCGUUCCCCUCGACAAAUUCCCUCGACUCCGUGCCUUUCGGCUCAUCUUGGCCGCGUCCGACGCUCCUCUGCCUUCUCCGCACUCCGCGGUGCUGAGCGCCACCCUCCUGUCUCUGCUGAGGAAUUCCCCGUGCCUGGAAACCCUGGAGCUGAUCCACGUGCCUUUCCCCUUGGACGGGCUGCUUCAGAAGGCGCUGGAGACCCCUGGCACCCCCCUGGCACACCUGCACAAGGUCUCCCUGGCCCACAGCCAGGUGUCUGCCCAAACCGCCCACCUGCUGCUGUCUUCGGAGAAUCAGCUCGGACACCUGGACUUGCAAGGUUGCCCAGAUGUUACCCGGGGAGACCAUGACCAGCUGCUCAGGAGGGUCCACCGCGAACGCAUGGACCUGCUUGUCCUGUGGAGGUGAAAGUCUCUGCCCCAUUCAGCCUGCAAUGGGGCGUCCCCCUUGUGCCGAGGCUCGGAGCGCAAAGUGAGUGUUACGUUUGCAGAAUGCAAGUGCCGUCUCUGCGCCCAGCAAACGCCAGCAGAGCCGGGGGGUGGGGAAACGAGGUCCCUUGCAAGGGGUCAGCUGAGACGAAGCGAGGGCCAGAGUGAUGCCUCAGUGCUUGCAGGAAACAACAUUGCACUUGGCAAGAGGCUGUGGAGAGCAGGGCAGCCAAAGAUGCCAGAAGACUCAUGGAAUUCUAGGGUUGGAAUUUACUCCCAAGUAGGCUUUACCCCCAAGGGACGCGGGUGGCACUGUGGGUUAAACCACAGAGCCUAGGACUUGACCAUCAGAAGGUCGGCGGUUCGAAUCCCCGCGAUGGGGUGAGCUCCCGUUGCUCGGUCCCUGCUCCUGCCAACCUAGCAGUUCGAAAGCAAGUCAAAGUGCAAGUAGAUCAAUAGGUACCACUCCGGCGGGAAGGUAAACAGCGUUUCCGUGCGCUGCUCUGGUUCGCCAGAAGCGGCUUAGUCCUGCUGGCCACAUGACCUGGAAGCUGUACGCCGACUCCCUCGGCCAAUAAAGCGAGAUGAGCGCCGCAACCCCAGAGUCGGCCACGACUGGACCUAAGGCUUGCCAAGAUAUAUAAGACUGAAUCAGAUAAAUGCUGGAAAUGCAAAGAGGAAACGUUCUUUCAUAUGUGGUGGACCUGUUAAAGGAUAAAAGAGUAUUGGGAAAUGAUCCGUAAUGAAUUGAAAAAAAUGUUUUAAAGUACUUUCCCCAAAAAACCAGAGUCCUUCCUGUGGGGGAUAAUUCAGACUGACAUUCCCAGGGGUCAAAAAAGGUUGUUUAUGUAUGCCACUACUGCAGCCCGUGUUUUGUUAGCCCAAAAAUGGAAAACGAGCCAGGUCCCAAUCAAAGAACAAUGGCAGCUGAAGUUGACAGAAUAUGCACAGCUUGCAGACUUAACAUAAUAAGAGAACAAGAAGAACAUACGAAGAUUGGAAAACGUUUAUUGAAUAUAUGGGAAAUAAUGACUGUGUACAGCAGAAAACGCAGGCAGCGUUAAGAUAAAUUCAACAGGGUAAACAAGUUUGACGGAUGCAGUAAUGGAAUACUGAAUGGCGUAGUUUGUGUAAAAUAUGCAGGGAUUUAUGAUAUGUAAAAUGAACCAUGGAAAGAGAAGAAGUCGUUGAUAUCUUGAGGAUGUAAAAUGAGUAUUUUAAAUUGUGAAACAGAAAAUUUAAUAAAAAAAUUAUACGGAAUGGACUUCCAAGGGGCAUCUAGUCUAACCCCCUGCAAUGCAGGAAUCUCAGCUCAAGGAUCCCUGACAGGCAAACAUCCAAGCUCUGCUUAAAAGACUCCCAUGAGAAAGAUUCUGAUGCAACAUCACGAAAGGAAGAAUCCUGCUGCAAAGAAUUUUACCUUCUCUGAACAAUUCUGAGCACAAGCAGGGAGCCCACGGAAAUUCCGCUUCUGGGGUCAGUCCCAAGUUAAUACAUAACAGCUGCUGCGUGAAAAUAUCCUGCCCCGUGUGCCUUCAGCCUUUUCCCUUUCCCUUCGUGUUCAUUUCUGGGGAGGCUCAGCCACCCUGGGCUCCCCAGCUCCUUCCUUUCCACCUGCACUUUCAGGGACGGAGAGGCAGUGAGAUGUAGUGGUUAGAGCAUCAAACUGGGACCCUGGAGACCUGGGUUCCAUUCACUACUCUGCCUUGAGCCUCACUGGGUGACCUUGGGGGCCAGUCACCAACCCUCCGCCUGACCUACCUCACGGGGUUGUUGUAAGGAUAAUAUGGGAUGGGGAGGAGGGUGCAGGCCACCUUGAGCUCUGCAGGGGGAAAACGGGAUAUAAAAUGCAAUAAAUAUUAAAAUAUAACCCUUUGUCCCACCAUGUAACAGCUGCAACUUAACACUGUGCAGUUGGAAUGGAGGGGGGAACUUGAAGUGCUUUUAAACUGAAGAUUUAAUACAGUUGUUUUGUCAAUCCUUCUUUUAAUAUUGCUGGUGUUUUUGUACUGGUUUUUGUACUUGUUCCUCUUGAAUUCUCGCUGCGUGGUUUAUCCUACGGUGCUUCUUCGAUGGGCCCCCAUGACCUACACGUCUCACUCUCUGCUGCGUCCAUAUUUUGCAUUAUAUCUCAAUAAACCGUUGAGUUUUGCUUCCUUUGCCGUCUGGAGUCCAUGCUCUUUGCAUCUGCAUUGCAGCUGCACUUUAGGUCAUGCAAAUCCAAGCCCAGGUUAUCCCUG